AAAGGAAGUCGUGCUUAGGUUGGGAAUGCGCAACAUAGUUGAAGAUAUUCAGUCAGGUGAAAUGGUCCUCAGCUCGGGCCGGAUUAACAUCAAGGUCGAUUACAUGUGCAGAGUAACAAGGAACGCAUUUACAAGAUAGGUGCUCCAUUGAAGCAGUGGUGAAGGCUUUGGCCUAGUUAGUAGCAUGCCUCCAGACAUUAAAAUUUAGUUGUAGGUGGCCAGGAUGAAGACAUAAGGAGCAGUAUGGUGUGCGAUACAGUAUAUCCCUCACAGCAACUUUUAUAGUACAAGCAGUCACGAUGCAGCCACACGCUCAGACCAUGCAUCAGCUGGACAGUGAUGCGUACUAUCCACCACCGCUGGCAUAUUUCUUUCACGCAUUCCCCCAUCUUAAUAUCACCUGUCAUCCUGUCAAUUCAACCUUUGACCCUGACAGUAGUAUUUACCUUGAGUCACUGGGAAUUCUGGGGUCACUGCCAGCAGCAUGGCUCAUUUUCACAUUGCUCGUGCUUCUCAUCUACCUGCUGACGAGAUGUUGUGACCGCAGGCCUCGCCCCAAACACAGCAUUAUAGUUCUCAAGUGGACCCUAGCAAUUUUCACCCUACUCUGCUGUGCGGCCAUCGGCAUUGGACUGUAUGGAAAUGACGAUGUUCAUAAUGGUCUGGUUCAGUUUAUACUGGCAACACAGAGUAUGGACGACAUCAUCACUGCAGUGAAAAACCAGACUGGCACAAUCGAGACAACGCUGACACAUAAGGUGGAGCCUCUGCUUACAGAACUGCGUGAUGUGUUUGACAAUCCAGUGGCCAACCAAACAGCUCGGGAAAUGGUAUUUGUUGCCUUGAAAGCUGUAACAGGAAAUACAACUACUGCUUUGCACAGUGUUCAGGACAUUAGUGGGCAACUGAAAGGUGUCACUCUACAUGGCAUUGUUUCUGUUGUGCAGAUUGCAGAGGGUAUCAGGUGGCCUGUGACAAUGGCUGUACUGAGCAUCUUACUUGUGUUCUGUGUGGUUUUACUGUUUGGUGUGGCACGUCAUUCACGAUGUGCUCUUAUCACAUUUUCGGUGUUCGGCCUGUUUGCUGUAAUUAUUUCAUGGCUCUUGUCAUCUCUGUAUCUUGCAACAUCUGUGGCUCUAGGUGAUCUCUGUAUGUCUCCUGAUGGAUUCCUAGAAAGAGAAGCUGUCACAACACUAAAGGCAGACAUUUUAAGUUAUUACAUACGAUGUGACCAGGCACGGACCAACCCAUUUUUCCAGCGCCUGCUUCAGGGCCAGCGGGCUGUGAAGGCAAUGAGCUCGAAUCUUGCAACAGUUGCUCGUAUCGCAGAAGCAUUGUAUAAGCAUGCGGAUCUGCAUCCCAAGUUGGAUGUUCUUACAACAGAUAUUAAUCAGGUGGACAAGUUAGCAUCUGGUCUCUCUACACUGCUGGACUGCAAGAGUUUGCAUCGCCAGUAUCUCACUGCCACAAGCAGUGUUUGUAACCUUGGCCUGUUUGGGCUCUCAUUUAUGCUGGCAGCCAGUGUAGCAGCUGGCUUUUUUUUCACUGUGCUGGUUUGGGUUGAUUCCCAUACAUGGAUCUACAUAAGGCGGAGACGUGACUACCUGCAGGUGGACGAGCAGGAUCCAUUUCUGCCUCCAACGGCCGCAUCGCAGGCCAUCGCUGCGCGGACACUGCGAAGCCAAGGGUCGUAUGGCAGCACAAGCUACUUCCGGCAACAUCACCACUCCCCUCACCAUCACCACCACACCCCCCCACCCACGCCGCCCUACCCUGGAACGCUAGAUGGCCGGAGUUCCCGCGAGGAAAAGUCCCAGCACAGUUCCCAUCAUGAGUCGGGACUGCACAGCGGGGGAGGGUCUGAGCACUACGGGUCCUCUGGAGCCUCUGCAAUGCUUGGACCCAACCAUGGGCAGUACGCGACUCUGAGCAAACAGUGCAAGACCCUCGAGUCCUCUGACUUCUACUGAGAGGAGUCUGCUUACUGGCACAAUGAUAAUGCCCCCUGCCACAUCACCAAGUUGUGAACAACCGCUUGUAGCUAGGAGUGAUACAGAGACUUCCUGCACUGGCUGGGAGCCUAGAUAUGCCCCCUUUGUAGUCACUGACCAUUGCCAAAUGGCUACAGUCAUGAAGGAAGGCCAUGGAACUCUCUGC